AAAAAGAGCCCCGCAGCAAAAUAGGUAAAGAUUCUUUCACAAGAGGUUUUGCUCAAGAAUUCAGAGAAUUCACUAAGGCAUCAAUAUGGUUCACUGGACAGAACACGAGCGCCAUGUCCUCAGUGACCUGUGGGGAAAAGUCCAUCCUGAAGAAGUCGGACCCCAGGCCCUGAUCAGAGUUCUGGUUGUGUAUCCAUGGACCCAGAGAUACUUCUCUUCUUUUGGCAAUCUAUCCAAUCCCGCAGCCAUCGCAGGAAACGCCGAGGUGAUUAGACAUGGAAAGGUGGUCCUUGUUGGUGUGGACAAAGCUCUGCACCAUUUGGACACCAUUAAGAGCGAGUUCACCUCCCUGAGUAAGCUUCACUCUGACACACUGCACGUGGAUCCCAGCAACUUCUCGCUUCUUGCUCACACCCUCACCGUUUCUGUGGCCGCAAAGUUGGGACCCAAAGUCUUCACCGCUGAAGUGCACGAGGUUUGGCAGAAGUUCCUGAAUGUCGUCGUGGCUGCUCUGAGCACGCAGUACCACUAAGCAAGCAUCAGUAUAUAAAGAUGUGCAGGUCUUUCACUCUGUGACUAGAACAUGAAAUAAACACUUAAAAACA